AAAUACACUUUUGGGAAAUGGCCUCUAAAUCUUGGCUGAAUUUUUUAAUCUUCCUCUGUGGAUUAGCAGUUGGAUUUGUUUUGUGUUCUCAGCUAUUUAGUAUUUUGUUGGGAGAACAGGAUGACACCCAACCUAAGAUUCUUCAUAAUGAUCCUCAUGAUGGGCAUUCAGAUGAUAAUGGAGAGUAUCAUCUAAAAGGACAGAUGGACUUCAAUGCAGAUGCUAGCCAACAUAAAGAUGAGAACACGGACAUCGCUGACAACCUCUAUGAGAAGGUUAAAAUUCUUUGCUGGGUUAUGACAGGACCUCAGAAUCUAGAGAAAAAGGCUAAACAUGUCAAAGCUACAUGGGCCAAGCGCUGUAAUAAAGUAUUGUUUAUGAGUUCAGAAGAAGAUAAAGCCUUCCCUGCUGUGGGAUUAGAAACCAGAGAAGGCAGAGACCAGCUAUACUGGAAAACAAUUAAAGCUUUUCAGUAUGUUCAUGAUCACUAUCUAGAAGAUGCGGAUUGGUUUAUGAAAGCCGAUGACGAUACAUAUGUUAUACUAGACAAUUUGAGAUGGCUUCUCUCAAAGCACAGCCCCGAAGAACCCAUUUACUUUGGGAGAAGAUUUAAGCCCUACGUUAAGCAGGGCUACAUGAGUGGAGGAGCAGGAUAUGUUCUGAGCAAAGAAGCCUUGAAGAGAUUUGUUGAUGCGUUUAAAACAGAGAAAUGUACACAUAGUUCCUCCAUUGAAGAUUUAGCGCUGGGAAGAUGCAUGGAAACUAUAAAUGUAGAAGCGGGAGAUUCCAGAGAUACCAUUGGAAAAGAAACUUUUCAUCCCUUUGUGCCAGAGCACCACUUAAUCAAGGGUUUUCUACCUAAAACAUUUUGGUACUGGAAUUAUAACUAUUACCCUCCUGUAGAGGGUCCUGGUUGCUGUUCUGAUCUUGCAGUUUCUUUUCACUAUGUUGAUCCUACAACCAUGUAUGAGUUAGAAUACCUCGUUUAUCAUCUUCGUCCAUAUGGAUAUUUAUACAGAUAUCAACCUGCCUUACCUGAAAAUAUACGGAAGGAAAUAAGUCAAGCAUACAAAAAUGAAGAUCCAAAGUAAAUUUUGGGAAAUCUUGAAAGAAAAGCAUAAAUGAACAGAGAUGUUGCGCCUUUUACAAGGCAAAACUCUCCUCAAGAAAAAACAAAAGAUAAUGGCUCGCUUUAUUGCGACACUUGCUUUAUCGUGGUGGUCUGGACCUGAAACCACAAUAUAUCUAAGGUAGUAUGCUGAGUUUCUGUUAUCUCUUCUAAAUAUGUUUAACCAUUCUUGGAUACCGUUUUCAACUAUUAAUAUUUACUCAAAGCUUUAAAGCAUUUGAUUAAAUAUUUUGUUCCCAUAUUUACCCAUUGUUAAUUAUGGGUAACUAAUAAAUAGUAAAUUUAAUGCUUCUUGGGGAAUGUUUUUUGAUAUCACAGCCACUCAGGAAUUACAAUUUGUUUUUGAUCAAUUAAGCGACACUUUUAAUUGAUCAUUUAAAACUUUUCCAACUACAUAAUUAUAGUUCUUUUCAUUAUUAUCCUGUUGAGAGAUGAGAACUUGUUUUGUGCCUUUUAUAACUUCUUUAAAACAGUUUUAAAAUUCAUUUUUAGGAUGUAAGGUGGUUAUCAAUUGCACUGGCAAAAUAAUUUGAAUGCAAAAUUUUGACCAGAGUUAAUUAAAAACAUUAGGAAAUGCACAACUCUUAAACAAGUUGAAAUAUGUCAGGUAUUAAAAGACAAAAUACUUAUUUUAUGAAUAAUAUCUAAAUUUGAUGCUGACUUAUGUACAGGGUGGGGCAAAAGUAGGUUUACAGUUGUUUGUAUAGAAAAAAUACAAUAAUAAAUAAUUGAAGAGUAAAUUCUAUUUUGUCCCAUCCUCUAUUUGGGGAUGAUUGUAUUGCCAAUGGAUAGAUUAUUGCAGUUGAGCAGAAUACCUAUUCAAGACUGUCAUCUAAAACACAUUCAUGAAUAUUUUGUUCUUAUUUUAGUGACCCUCUAAAGAGUUUCUGGAAGGAAAAAAAAAUAAUUUUUGUUAUCUUUAGCAACAUUACCUGAGUGUAUCAUAACAAUAUUUUACAGACUUUCUAUAAGAUUAUCAUAAAUGGUACAAGUGAUUUAUAUUUCUCUUAUGUUUAUCAUGCUAAUUUUACAUGGCUGUCACACCAUUGACUCUACUGUUUAGCUAAAUAGUUUCUAUUUAUUGUGCCAAAACAUGUCAAAACCAUGACCUCUUUAGAUGGUAUAUUUGAGAGGAUGUUCAUCUUAGUGGCCAAUUAUGUAUGCUUUGUCUAUGUAGUGAAUACUCACACCAAUUUUUACCCAUUAAAUUGUUUUUUAUUGUUUUCAUGAUGGUCAUCUGCCAAAAUUUCAAGGCAUUCAUUCUGUUCUUAAAUAGCUCUUUACUUUGGUGUGGAUAUGAGUUUAUCUGAAUCCGUAUUUGCCACUUUUCUGUACUAGCAGCAUAAAGAGUUUAUUAUAAACAUCCAAAAAUCUUAAAGGAAAUGAACAUUGUGAUAAAUCCUAGGGUCCUGAAGUUAGACUACCUGGGUUUAAAUUCUUGCUUCAUCACUUACUAGUUUUGUAACCUUGAGCAAUUCCUUAAUCUCUCUGUGCCUCAAUUUCCUCAUCUGUAAAUUAGGGACAAUAACACUACCUACCUCACUGGAAUUUUAUGAGGAUUAAAUGAGUGAAUAUAUGUAUGGCUUUUAGAAUAUUGUCUGGUCCAGAGUAUGAAGCAAUAAAUAUAAGGUUUUAGUCUGUUAACUUGGAGUGUAAAUAUUUGUUUCAAAUGAGCGAAAAAUCUGCUUUAAUCAAAUCAGUAUUGAAGGAAAUAUUUUAUUCAUUUCUUAUAAGUAAUAGCUAGUUUUUAUCUGAUGCAUACUAUAUGCCAAUUACUGUGCUUAGAUACUCUUUGUACAUUAGCAUUAAUCCUAACAAAUUGGAUGCUAUUCACAUAUGAAUGAGAAAAGUGAGGCUCAGAGUUAAAGUAUCUUUUCCACUGUCACAAAGCUAAUAAGUAAUAGCUGGGAUUUCUACUCAAAGCCUAUGUGCUCUUUGUACUGUGUCAGCCCAGAGAUUAGUCAUUUAGCAUUUUUCCAUUUUUACUUACUGGCAAGUGAUACAUUGGUCAAUAAUAGUAAAAUUAACCAAAUAGUCAUGAUGCUUCUCAAAUUCUGGUUUUUAUGCUCUUGCCUGGAAGCUUGUUAAAACACAGAUUUCAAGACCACAAGUCCAGAAAUUCUGAGACCAGCAUGGGGUCCAGGACUAUUGUUCAUUAUUACUAGAUGCCCUUAGGUUGUGGUUCUCAAAGUGUGGUCUAAAUCUACAAUGUAUCAGUAUUAUUUGGAAAUUGUUGGAAAUGCCAUCUCCUGAAUAUAUUAAGGAUUAACUGCUGUGUAAAUAAAGUAUCUUUGAAAGAUUUAGAUAAGGCAUCUUUAAAAUAAGUGUAGUCCAGUAUUACACUAUAUUAAAUUUAAAAGUCUUUAAAGCAGUUUUAAAGGGUCAGUGGAUUGUUUAUUUUGACAAAAUUCUUUAGCUUCUUCAGAGUGACUAAAAUCAGGGUCCACACUAUAAAAUCUAUAAUUCUUUGAAUUUGGGAAUUUCACAUUAGUGCAGGAAGGGUUCAUUAAGUAGUACUAAUUUGUUAAAAACAUCCUAAAUGAGUGUCAUCCCAAAUGCCCACAAUUGAAAUAAAAAUGUUUAAAUAGAUAUAGGAAAAUACGAUUCUACAAUAUGCAUAAUAGUGUUUUUUUUGCUAAUUUUGAUACUAUCAAAAUUUUAUUACUUUUAAGAAUCAGUUGACUGUCCUUUAUGACCUUAUAAAGCAAAAAAUUCAAGUACUUGAGAAAGUACAUAAAACCAGAUUUCAUGAUAAUACUGACUUACAUUUUAAAUUAAUAUCUCUGUCAUUUGGAUAAAUGGUUUUAAUGUGGCCUCUCCAUAACAGUAUACUUGUAUUUUCAAUUGUGAAGUUCAUAGAUGAUGCAAAGCAGAUUGUUGUCCCAGAAUUAAAUUAUUUGUUUUCAGAUACCUUAAAUUUCAGAGGAGUAUUUGUUACUGUUAGAAGAUUAGGAAAUAAAUCACUGACCAGUUUUGAACAUUUUUUGAAAUAUGGUAAUUGGAUUUGGGCAUUAAAUUUGCUAACUGGUUAUUUUCAUAAUUGUUUUUGAGUGUUAAUUUUUCACUUCCUGGAGCCUAUCAAAUUGUAGCGUAUCCCCAAAAAAUGUAUACACAGUUUUUUGGAAUUAGUAAUUAUUUAAAGUGUGUAUACAUUUUGGGGGGGACAUCCUAUAUAUUACCAGCUUAAAGAUUGAGAAACCCCUCACUUGAUUAAUUCGAUAAAAUCUGUCCUUUUAUUCUCUAUUUAAAUUUUCAGUUUGGAGUAUUAUGUCUUUUACAGUUUCUGCUUCUUUGUAUUGAUUGCCCUUUCUUUUCUUUAAAACUAUUUUCCAUUUUCUAACUACUCUUCCCCUGCCCAAUUACUGUUAAUACUGCCUUCACAUGGUUAACUGGCUGUUAUUAGUGAUUAGAAUUUCUAUUGCUUAUUGAUAAUUUCAUACCUAUUAACUUUAAGUUUCCCUAUGAAUUUGGAAGUAAAAAUCUAAGAAUAAUGUCUGCUGGCUCUCAGAAUAUUGCCCUACUAAAAAGUCAACAAUUUUAAAGUAAUUCUAGAUUAUAAUUAUUAAAUGAAGUAAAGUUAUGAGUAUUCCAUCUCCCCACUUUCUCAAAACAAAAUAAAAAACCAUUUGCCUGAUUUCUCUACUUUUAUAGUAGGCCUUGCAGAAACAUACUUAAUAAAUCUGGGGGAUAACCUGUGGUUUAAAUUAUGCUAAAUGUAUCUUUUCUUUAAAAUCACUUAUGUUUAUAUAAGAACUAUGUUGAAAUAGAAAUUUUAAUACAGAUUAGAGUAAGAAAUUUUACCAAUUCUCUAUAGAGAAACCAACCUAAAACUAGUGUCCUAUUUCAACUUUUUUACCUCUCUAGUUUUCAGUUUAUAUCAAUUCAGUUUAAAUAACUUUGCAGGGCCCUGCAAAUUAAUAAUUCAUAUAAGUAUAUUAUUAGAGGGAAACUAAUCUUACUGCUAAGCAGUGUGCUAUAUUACACAGUGAAUGUUUGUGUUUUGGAAUUUUUAAACUAUGUAAGGUAAUAGUGUCAUGAAUGGUUUAACACUGUCUGGUGACUUGCUUAUUUUAAGUGAUCACCGAUAAGUCAGAGAAAUGUAUUUUUAAAUAUGUUUUUUGAAGUGCCUUUUGAACAUUUUUAAAUAAUGGAUUUAAACAAUUGAGUAAAAUAAAUUACCAUGUUUAAAGCUG